CGAGCACGCUGAGCUAAAAGAGACGGCGGGGUUGCACUGAUAUUUGGUAUUAAAUGUGCCCCGCACUAAAUUCAAAUUGACAUCUUCUGAAUGGAUUAAAGGUUGAAAGUACAAUCACAUCCUUUUUCUACUUGACAUCAUAAAACAGGAAAAAGUCUCCUCGUCUUUAAUAUCACAACAAAUUUCGAAAGCAAAUACAAUCAAUCUUUUUGGUUAUCUCGAUCUUCUUUUAACAACAUGGCACCAGGAGGACCAGCAGCCGGACGUGGCAGAGGUGGAAAGUUUAAGAAGUUCACUCGUGGGGGUAAGAAUAUCCUUAUCACAAGAUUACAUUUCUAAAGAUGCUAAUUUGAACUUUGUAACAGGCGGUAAACAUUUCUCUCGUGAUCUUAGACCUCUCGAUGCCAAUGGAAACGAAAUCCGCGAAAAGAAUGCCGAUGAUUCAUCCUCAGAAGAAGAAGAGGACUCAGAAGAGGAAUCUUCUGAGGAAGAGGAAGAAGAGAAGCUAGAGAUGACCCGUGAACAGCGUCGCGCCGCUGCCAAGGCGAAGAAGGAAGCUGCUAUCAAGAAGAAGAACCAGAAGGUCGCACAAGUUGGAGAUCUCCCAACCGAUAGCGAAGAAGAGAGUGAAGAUGACGACAUGCCUGUCAACCCUAACCAUAGUAAAGCUGCUAGAAAUCAAGCCAAGGCCCCACCAAAGACUGUCGAUGAAGUUGCAGGAGACGUUGCAAAGAUGAGUGUCAGCAAGAAGCCGCAAGAGUUGAGUCGCAAAGAAAGAGAGGCAAUUGAAGCACAAAAGAAGAAAGAAGCAUACCAAAGAUUACAUCUUGCCGGAAAGACUGAUGAAGCUCAAGCUGAUCUUGCAAGGUUGGCAAAGGUCAGAGAGGAUAGACGUUUGGCAGCGGAACGCAAGGCCGUACGUAUUGUUUACCUCCGUCCGUAUUUGAUAUUAAACUAACUUCACGUAGGCUGAGGAAGAAGAACGUAAGGAGCAGGAGCAAGCAAAGUCGGAGCAAUUGGCGCGGGAACAGAGAAGAAGAGACGCUGCUAUGGGACCUGCAGCCAAAGGAAAGAAGGGAAAGAAAUAAGCGGUUUUCUAUAGGAUCAGACUUAGUCUUCUGAGUUUGGUGAUGAAGGCUUCUAGAAUACAUAUCCAGGCACAUAGUAGCCUCGGCGUGGCGUUAUUCCUUUUCCUUUUGUAUUGCUUGUUGAGUACCAAUCUAGAAAGCGUUACAUAUUCCGAUGCCUGUGCAUCUAUUCGGUCUCGCUUUUUGUUUACUGUGUUGUGGCUAGUCGAUCAUCAUACCAUGCUUGCAUAACGUCAAUUAUAGAAAGAGAGGGGAGAGAAGGCAGUGGCAGUGGCA